AUGGAGUGCGGACAUUUAUUCAAUGGAGUGAAGUGGAGUGCGUAUUCAUUAUUAACCCCCGACUCCAAAACGCCAUCCAUCACGAUCGAAGACUGCCCAGAUGGAACUAUAGUAAAUGACAAAUACUUAAUCACCUAUCCGUCUGACGAAAGUGACAUAUCCACGAAAAGUCACAGGAACAGCUUCGACGACACCAAAUUUAAUUAUUACGUCAAUCCUAUGACUGGUGAAGUGAAGGAAGAAAUAAUGAGGGAGGCAGAGUUUGAAGAUUAUAAGUUGUGCGGGGCAGUUAAUGACUUCGAUAUUUCUUUGGAGACUGGUGAAGCUGUACCGAUUGUUUACUUAUCUACGUCCAGGGCUGCGAAAUUGCAGCGAGCUUUGAGACUAGCUGGACUUAAGAAGGUUAGUUAUUUAUUUGGUUUGCGCUUUAUUGAAAAGUGA